UGUGGUGAUUGAUAAGUUUGUUCUUGCACCUAUUAAUAUCGGUCAACAUUGGGUCUUCCUGGGAACCAAUCUUAAACUAGAGAUAAUUCAUUAUCUUGACCCAGUGGCAGUGUAAACAUUAAUAUGAGGCAACAUUUGAAAAAAUUGUUUGACAUGGUUAUACAAACCUAUCGAACUCAAACAGGAAACAUGGUUUCAAAGUCUAAGUCAAACAAUAUCAAGUGGACAACAAUUAAGUGCCCAAGACAACCCAACGACAAUGAUUGUGGGUAUUACGUGUGUCAAUAUAUGAAGGAAAUUAUUACAUAUUAUGAAGGAGGAAAAAUUCCAACUGAUUUUCAGGUCAGCCUCCAUGCCUUCAGUGACGGUGUUGGUUCAUCCACCAUACGUCUCCAAGGGAAAAUCGGCAACAAUCAUGUUUCUAUUCUCGUUGACGGUGGUAGUGACCACAAUUUUGUUCAAGAUCGGGUAGUCAAAUUCCUAGAUCUCCCUUCAAUCCCUUACAACCCCCUGACCGUUAUGGUUGAUAGCACGUGCAAUGACAUAUGA